AUGCGAUUUUGGAUAUUGCUAUGCUUUGUAAUCAAUGCUAUUUCUGCUUCUAAAAUUGCGAUUUUUACAUUUGAGCACUCAAACAGUCAGGCAAUUUUCAACAACAAACUUGCCAUUGCCCUAGCUGAUGGAGGCCAUGAAGUACUACUCGUGCGACCCGUUGUCAACUCGAAACUCACCGUCGAAUCACUGAUCCAUGCCCAAAUCAAAACAUUCACGCCCAACAAUGGAUAUGAUUAUGAAAUCUAUCGCCCGUUUGAAGACGUCAAAAUCAAGCACAUGUUCCGGAAUUCUUCGAUUUUUGAAGGCUUCGAGAUGUCAUCAACGUUUUUCGAUCUCAGUAUGCACAUCUGCAAUAACACCCUCAGUGAUCAAGCUUUGAUCAAACAUUUGAAAGAGGAAAAAAUCGACUUGGCUUUCCAUCAUCACAUGGACUUUUGUCAAAUGGCGUUGAUUCAACACUUGAACAUUAGUGACUUGCCACCGUAUCCCGCACUACUCAAUUCGGCCGGACAAUUCGUUCCGACAAGUGUGCUGCCAUCGUAUGUGCUUCAAACCGGAAACGAAAUGAGCUUCUUGCAAAGAUCCCUCAACCACUUUGUCGAGUUCUUGAACGGUCAUCUCCGACUCUCAAAACAAGCCGACGGACAAACGGAACUCGCGAGAAGACUUCUCGGCAAUCACAUCACAAAUCUCAUUGAUUUUCCCAAAACAGCGAAUCUCGUGAUGCUCAGCGGUGAUCCAAUCAUCGAAUUCCCCAUCCCAACAACCAGAAAAGUUGUUUACAUCGGCGGUUUGGGGACGAGAAAGGAAACAAAGGAAUUACCAAAAGAAUUCGAAAACUUCAUCACCGAUGCCGAAAAAGUUGUUGUCAUUUCAUUCGGCUCAUGGACGGUUGCAAAGCAUAUGCCGAAAUUCUGGAAAGAUGCGCUCAUUCAACUUUUCAAAAACCAUCCAAAGAUUCGUUUCGUAUGGAGUUGUGAAGAAAAUCUAGUUUUGCCCCCGAAUGCUUUUCGAGCCUCGUGGAUACCGCAAGACUCAUUGCUAGCCAACAACAAAUCCAUCCUCCUAAUCACACACGCUGGCUACAACAGUUUAAUGGAAGCUGUUCAACAUGGAAUCCCCACGAUCGCCAUUCCUCUAUUCAGCUUCGGAGAUCAGGCUAGAAAUGCACAUCUAUUCAAGAAACAUGGCACAACUAGAUCACCACAGAAAAGAGUUUCAAAGAACGAGCACUUGGCCUCCAACACAUUAUUU